GUUUCCCAGUUGCGUCUUCGAAAAUCUGAUAUGUUUACCAUGUCCUUUGUACUUUUGCUUGUCUCAUGUUAACCUCAAAAACAUCUUGGGCUUUUAAUGCUUUUCUCCUUCUAUUUCUCCCUAUGCAGAUUAGCUUCACAGAAAUUUUCAUAGUUUAUUUUGCCAAUCCAGUUGUUGCAAAAUAAUAUAUACAUUGGGCUUCUUGUCUCAGACAUGUCACCAAGCAAAGGGUUGCUCCACCUUUCACCUAUAUAAACACUAAUCCACUUAAAUGAGCUUUAGUUGGAUGGGCAGUUGUCAGAUUAGAGACCAGGUAGGGCACAUUGUUUAAGAAGUUGCACUAAAAUUCAAAUCCUUGCUGAUUAGUUGGAAAACAGAACCAUGUGUAAACCUCAUUAGUUAUGUCCCCAGAAAGACCCCAUGCAGAUGACACUUGAGAAUUCAACCCAAACUAUCAUUCAAUUUGCCAUUUCCUGCCUUUAUAAAUCUAUUUGCAAUUUUCAACUCAAAGCAACCUGGUCUUUCACUUCCAACUCUCAUCCACUCUAAGCUUAUAGCUUUUGUCAAACAAAUUCAAGUCUUCGAAGCCCUUCACAAUUUUUUUCCUUGACUCAAAAGUAGAAACCAUGGCUAUUUUGCGUGCUGCUAUCCUCGCCAAACAAAUUCUUCGCCACUCAGUUACAUUUUCUUAUAAAGAAGCUUCGACGUCCACAGAUGUACCAAAAGGCUUUCUUGCUGUCUACGUUGGAGAGAGCCAAAAGAAGAGAUUUUUGGUUCCAGUCUCAUAUUUAAGGCAACCUUCCUUUCAGGCUUUGCUUAGUAAAGCUGAAGACGAGUUUGGUUUUGAUCAUCCAAUGGGCGGAUUGACAAUUCCCUGCAGUGAAGAAACUUUCUUGGACGUCACCUCACAAUUGAAAAGAUUAUGAAAGAAGCCAUUCAGAUUUCUCAGAGAAGGACUGUUUCACAAAAACAGUGCAUCAAAAGUCCUUUGGCUGUGUAUAUGGGAAAAAAUGAAGACGGCUAUUCAUGAUUUCAUGUUCAUACUUCAAGGGUCCACUUCAGAAGCUACCAUAUCAAGCUGAAGAAAAAAAGGAUCCACACGGAUGCCCUGAGCAAUUCCUUGUAGCCGAAUCUUGCAGUCAUCUCGCCUGCAGAAUAUAUGAAGAGGCCAAAAAUGGCCCAUUACUAGACCAGAGAAAUCAAAUCUGUACAAACAGUAUUGACAGAAUAGAAUACCAGUCUUAUGGCUUACUGUAAAGCUUUGAACUCUGUAGAAACUGAUUUAUACGAAAUUCAUAAUAAGGAUUUUUUAUAUAUUCCCUUGAAUUUUAUUGAGUUGUAUCUCAGAAACUAAACAUUGCAAUCCUUGAUUAUUUGUUAACUAUGUCAGCUAUCAAGUCUAAGAAAAUGCAGAUAUUAAAGUGAGGAUCACCUUCAAAACUGAUGCACCCUAAACCCUUUAACUUUUUUUGCCCUUCACCUCAUUCUCUUUACAGAGAAGCAUAAAAGACUUUGUGUUGUUUUAAUUUUAC